AUGGCCGUGCACCGAGUCGACACCCUCCUGGCUCCCUAUGUCCGGCUCAUCACUUUUGUUGGCAGCGCCCUCUUUGUAUCAAUCUACGUGAUCAACUUCAUCAGGUUCCUGAAGGACUUCGACACCUUUACGAAGAUGAUGGAGCGCUUCCAACUGCCCUGCCCACGGGUGAUGGCUGCCGGAGGGCUCCUCUUCAUGUCAGCAGGGUCGGCCUUCUAUCUCACAGGCAUCCCCAUUUGGAUGCUGCUGGGCACGGUGCUUCUGCUGAUGUUUCUGAUUGCUUCAACAUUUUUUGGACACUACAAGCCCUGGAUGCAAUCCAAUGACCUGAACCACUUCUUCAUGAUGCUGAAGAACAUCGGCAUGUGUGGGCACUGCCUUGCCACCGUCGGCUUCGAACUGUCGCAGACUGGGGCCGUGCCGGACGCAGAUACUGUGGGACGGUCUCUUCACGAAAUGCUGGAAGCAUACUGGGCCUCUUUCCGUCCCUGUUCGUGGAUCCUUCAGUCUUCCGGGAUGGUACUCUUUACUGCGCCGUUUCUGUUCUCAUGUCUCCACUACACGAUGGACAUCAAUCAGCUGGUCGGGAUGAUCAGGGAACCAGGUCUUGGCCGUUGUACAGCUCGGCUUUGUGCCCUCCUCGUCGUGAUGCUGCUGCUGGUGUCUUCGUUCCUCUACAUGAGCGGUGUGGCGAUCCUUGUGGAGUUCGGUGCCCUGGGUUUCUUGAGCUUCCUGCUAGUUUCCACCUACUUCAGCCACCUGAAGCCCUAUUUGCAGUCAGGAGAGAAGAUACACUACCUGCACAUCCAGAAGAAUCUGUCUUUGGCGGGAGGCUGUGUCAUGGUGCUUGGCGUCGCCAUCUUUGAGGGAGGUCGCUCCUGA